UUCAGCGUUUGGUACGUCGCGGAGCGGCACUCGUUCUGGGGGGGGUGUCUCGGACACGCAGAGAAAGCCUGCAAGCCGUCGCAGCAGCAUCAACAACGCCCCCCAGCAAACCCCCCUCCCCUCCCGCUCCCCCUUUCCAUUGUCCUCCAGUUCAGUUUUUUAUUUUUGUUUUGUGCGUGUUUCUACUUCUCCUUCCCCAGUCUGGCAAGGUGUCGUAAAGAUUUGAAGGAUGUCGGUGGCCGGGCUGAAGAAGCAGUUUCACAAAGCGAGUCAGCUGUUGAGCGAGAAGAUAAGUGGUGCUGAAGGCACUAAGCUGGAUGAAGACUUCCUUGAGAUGGAGAGGAAAAUUGAGGUGACCAAUAAAUCAGUUGUUGACCUCUUGUCCAAAACCACAGAGUAUCUCCAGCCAAACCCAGCCUACAGAGCCAAACUGGGCAUGGUGAACACGGUGUCCAAAAUCCGAGGGCAGGUGAAAAGCACAGGGUACCCGCAGACUGAGGGCCUCCUGGGGGACUGCAUGCUGCGCCAUGGGAGGGAUCUGGGCGAGGAGUCCUCCUUCGGGUGUGCCUUGGUGGACAUCGGUGAAGCCUUGAAGCAAAUGGCCGAGAUCAAGGACUCUCUGGACAUUAAUGUCAAACAGAACUUUAUAGAUCCACUGCAGAACCUACAAGACAAAGACCUGAAAGAGAUUGGGCAUCACUUAAAGAAACUGGAAGGUCGAAGGUUAGACUUUGAUUACAAGAAGAAGCGCCAGGGGAAGAUCCCAGAUGAGGAGAUCAAACAGGCUGUGGAGAAGUUUGAGGAGUCCAAGGAGCUGGCAGAGAGGAGCAUGUUCAACUUCUUAGAAAACGACGUGGAACAAGUGAGCCAGCUGGCUGCCCUGAUACAAGCUGCUUUUGAGUAUCACAGGCAAACCCUAGAAAUUCUGGAGGAUCUGAACAGCAAGAUACAAAGCAGGAUAGCUGCGGCAAGCAGCCGACCGAAGAGGGAGUUCAAGCCCAAGUCCAUAAUGACCAGCAUAGAAGCCACUGAAAGCUCCCAGCAAAAUGGGCUGUCAUACAGCUCCUCAGUCAAGUCCUCAGAUGUCCGUAACAACCACACUAUAAAUGGAAAAACCGAACAGUUCAUACCCAGGGCCCCGUCAUGGUCUGAAAGCCCCCACAGUUGCCAGUCAGAAGCUCACAUGGACCAGCCGUGCUGCCGGUCGCUGUACGACUUUGAGCCAGAGAAUGAGGGCGAGCUGGGAUUCAAGGAAGGCGACAUCAUCAUUCUGACCAACCAAAUAGACGAGAACUGGUACGAGGGCAUGAUCAACGGGGAGUCGGGCUUCUUCCCCAUCAACUACGUGCAGGUCCUCGUGCCUUUGCCACAGUAAAGCGCAGCCGUGGACUCAAAUGCACAGAGCCGGUUUGUGACGCUUCAUCCGGCCAGAGCCCGGCAUUUCCACAGGCUCUUAAAUGUCCUAUUUUUCAAUAUUUAUUUUGUACAUGGAACUACUUGUGGUAUAAAAUACUGUGUGUACAGUAUACCUUCAAUUAAUCUCAUUUGCUUGUUAUAUCGCAUAUAAUGGGUAUUCUGUUGCCGUCUUUGUACAUUUCCUUUGAAAAUGUAGAUUUGAUUUACCUGCCUGCCGUGGUCUUAAGUGUUUUUUUGAAACACAAUUUUAAACUGUGAGUAUUUGAACUGAAAUUUUAUGAAUGUCCUUACCGAGUCCUCUCUGUUUACAUUGUACGACUUACUGUGUUGCAAGAAAUCAAAGUAAAUAUUAUGAGCUCUUUGCUUAGGGUCUCUGACGUUAUGGUGCCCUCCAUUCAAGUGCUUUCUAAAUGUCCCAUGUGUUGCACUAAAGCGUCACACUUUACUCCCAUCCAUGCAUGUUCUCCUUUUUCUUUUUCCCUUAUCAAACAUUGCACUUUCUUUUCUUGCCAUAAUAAGAAAUACGUAUGUAUAUUGGUCACAUUUAUGAGUCAUCUAUAUGGUAAAUAUCAAAAAUGGAGAUGGUUAUAGACUUUGAAUUCUAUGUUUCUGCUGAGAGAGUUUUGUCCCCCCCCCCCCCUAAACGUCAAUGCCUGUCAGUCUGAUAAAAUUACAGACUGGAGAUGUUAAUAAGGUGUCAGUCGUCGUCUUGCCUUCACUCUGACAGCAUGACAUUUGCUGGUCUUUAUGGUCGGACUAUCUGGAAAAAAUAGAAAAGUAAACACAAAAAAACUGAGAACAUGAGGUUUCAGCAUAGAAUGUAUUUUCUGUGGAGAAGUUUCUGGAAAGGCUCGCCGAAGGGGAAACUGUAAUUCACCAAAUGAUAACACAGCCUUUUCAUUAGCAUUAAUGUCAUGUGUACGUUAAAUACUGUAACUAAACAAGUUCGUUUUUUUUAGUCUAACAUUCCCUCUAGAUAUAUGCAGACAUCCAGAAUCGUCAGGAUUAGAUACUACAGUCUCUUUCACAGCUUUAUUUUGUUUUUAUCAUAACUGGACCAAUUAAACAAGAUACCAAAUAAGUUUUAAUGACAUUUUAAUUACAGGGAAAUUCAUGCAGGUAUUUUAAUACUGUUUAGUGAUCUGGUGUUUGAAUUAGUAAACACAGUGCUGACUUUAUACCAAACCCAGGUAAAUGUUUUUAGCGACACGGUCUGGGAAGCCCAGGAGUGCAGAGAACCUCUGUUCAUCCUGUGGGCUGGAACACACUUUUAAACCUCUGAUGUUACAGACAGAGAGGGGGGAAAAAAACGUGAUGAAUAAUGUUGCGUUACAUUCCAUUUACUGUAUCUUUGACGUUCCUUGGUGGUUUAGUGACAGAGACUGGGAAGUGGUAACUGAGGCCACAGUUGACUUUGAAGUGCCAGGUUUAGAUCCUCCAGUGUCACACAAUAAACGUCUGGUUUUGUCCAGUCUGCCUGGUCCAUCUCUGGUCGCUCUGUAUUCAUUUUCCUGCAGACUUGAUUGAAAAGUGGCCACAUUUUGUUAAAAUGACAACUUUUUUUAGGUGUUUUUGAUGACUACAAUGAUAUGUAUGUUACAUAAAUAAAGACACUUUGUUGGCUGCA